AUGUCCCCUACUGGCGAGACAGGCACAUCGGCUACUCCGCCACGCGCCAAUGCAUCAAAUCAAGGUGGUAGUAAACUAGAGUCCACCCCAAACAGCCGUGGGGCUUCCGUCGUCAGCGAGAACAUCGGCUUGGUCGGUGUCCAGGUUAAGGAGGUCUGGCCAUGGAUUCAGCGAGACAUAGAGCAGGCCAAGCAGUGCAAGGCAGAUGCCAUGCUGCAAGCCCUCCUACAGCGCGCGUCUUGCGCGCCGGAGACGAAACAGCCCGAGCUCCUGCAAAAGUGCCUGAAGGGAGUUCUUCCGGUUUGCAAUGGACGGGUCUCCGCUGGAGGCAUAUCCUCUUCGGGCAUCGAGGCAGCCUUGAAAAAAUACGUAUGUCCAGGAGUAGAAAACGACUUCUACGGCCCUUUUAUUGACGCGACGAACAUUGCGCUCGCUUGUCUUGAAGAGGUCAAGAUUGACGGGAUGCGCGCUCCUGUCUCCACUGUGGACAUGAUCUUCCAGCAGAACGACAUGCCCAUGUACCAAACCCACCAGACGGUGAGAUCAACUCGGAAGCCCGACGUCGUCAUUCUUCCUUUGAACAGCGCAUGCGCUUCAUUUGAGGAUGAGAAGUGCGACAAGAAGGGCGACAAGAAGGGCAAACAGAAGAGCAAACAGAAAGACGACGAGAGGGGUAACACGAAGCACGACGAGAAGCACGACACGAAGCGCAAGGCUCACAUGGUCAAGAAUGCCAAGGAAAAGCCACCAGCGUCACUCCUCUGGAAAGAUGUUCUGGCUUGCAUCGAGUUCAAGAGAAAGACGUCAGGGAGGACGAAAGAGAUCAAGUCGCCGCCCUCUUCAUAUAUAGUGACAGACUAUGUCCCUACUAAACCAGAAUUCCUGCCGGUGGAUCAUCUCAAGGCUGAAGUGCCUACGCCAGGCCCUUCCCAGACCCCAGCAACACAAUCUGCGUCCGACGCCGCGCUUCAAUCUUCCGGCCUUACCGCUGCACAGACUUCCAAGGGCGGGUCCAGCUCCAAGCGCAAGGCCGCGGACACUUUGGAAUCUACCCCGAAAAAAUCCAAAGUCAAUCCUGACGAGCCAGAUGUGACCGUCCAGACGGGUCUGUACGCCGCGGAAAUGUUUGCGGCCAAUCUUGCCGUCGAAUAUCUGAUUAAUUUCAUCGUUGUCGACGAUGUGAUCUGGACCUGGUAUUAUGAUCGCCAGGGCACCGUUCAAAGCUCUGGCAUUAACUUUAUCCAAGAUCUCCCACGAUUCAUGGUGCUGUUAUACGCGUUACAACGCUUCAAGGUUCACGAUUGGGGCCGAAACAAGGACUUCCUCCCAGUUGAAGUUGAGGGGAAGCAAUGCCACGAAUUCAAAAUCAAGGACGGAGAUAUUGGAACGGUGGAUCUGUUGCUUCACACCAGCCACGACGAAAGAGUGACGCACUACGGACUACAAGGGCGGGCCACCAAUGUGGUUCCUGUCACUAGCGAAGCGCUCACUAAGAAGUAUGGUACCUUCGAGGAUGGAAUGGUGGCCAAGAUAUUUUGGGGAGAGGCGAGUCGUACCAGCGAGCCGGAGAUCCUGAAAAAGGUUGAGGAGGUCGCUAAGAGGCACCCGACUGUCGAAGGGCAUAUUCCGCAGCUGCUCUGGCACCACAAAUUCACGAAUCCCACGUCCGCCAUUCGAGAAGCCCUCGGCGUUCCUGAACCCACCACGGGAGGUCGCGUGCUCUACAUUCUUGUGUUCCGCAAGCUCCACCCCAUCACGAAGCUUCACGGCAAAGAGCUUUUCGACGCGUGGUACCAAUGUAUUUUAUGUCAUCUCACCCUAUGGAAGGAAGGGGUCUAUCAUCGAGAUAUCAGCCCUGGAAACUUGAUGUGGUACAGGAAAGGCGACAAACUGAUCGGUGUCUUAAACGACUACGAUCUAUCUUCGUUGGCGAAUGCGGUGGGUCCUCGGGGAAACGAGCGUACGGGCACGGUACCGUUCAUGGCCCUCGAUCUUCUCACCGAAAAGGCUCAACGAGGCGAAGUUAAACACCUAUAUCGCCAUGAUCUCGAGUCAUUUAUAUGGGUUUUUACCUGGAUUUUCUCGCGUUACAGGCAGGGAGUCCUUCUAUCACGGAAAUUGCGCCCCUUCGACGAGUGGGCGACUUUGGACGCUAUUGCAUGUGGCGAGAAGAAGUUAGCCUUUCUGGCAAAUGCUGAUUAUGAACCCCCGGUCCUCCAAACUUCUGAAUCGGACAUAGAUUGGUCUAUAUGGGAUCUCCUUGUGGAAUGUUUUGAGGCGCUCGAUGCAGCAGCCUACAGUCGCCGUAGUCACGUUCGCCGUAUUCGCCGUGUUCAGCAGCGAUCGAUGGAAGGAGCAGGCGAGCAGACAAACGCCAAGGAAACAAUAUCAGAUAUGGAUGAUUUGCUAGGCAAAUUCACAGGUACCAUGGCCUGGGCCAAGCUCAGCAAGACUUCACCUCUAUAG